ACAUUUUACACUAUACAUAUAUAUACAUACAUACAUGAUCUCUCCACAUAUCAACAUAAAUGAAUACAUACAUAUAUAAUAUACACAUCUAUAUAUCGACAGAUAGAUAAAUUUUCUAGAUUGCAUUUAUAGAUCGGCACAUUAUCAGAUCAAUAGAUAAAUAAAUAUAAAUAUAAACAUAUAUAUAUAUAUAUAAAUAUAUAUUGAUAGCUUUAAUUCUAACCAAUUCUUCCAUCAACAACUCUUGUGGAUAUUUACCAAUUCUGUCAUGCCACUGUUCAGUAGAAAACACGAAGCUGACAAGAAACAUAACAGAGAUACGGAUAUCAAAAAACGUUAUGAAUUUAAAGAAACUCUGGGAACGGGAGCCUUCUCAGAAGUUGUGUUGGCAGAAGAUAAAUUAGAAAAAGGCAAAUUCGUUGCUGUAAAGUGCAUAGACAGGCAUGGACUACGAGGAAAAGAAGAAUCUUUGGAAAAUGAAAUCCAAGUUCUACGGAGAUUAAAACAUCCGAAUAUAGUUCAACUUUUGGAUGUGUUCGAAGACAAACAGAGAGUCUUCCUUGUGAUGGAGCUAGUAACUGGAGGUGAACUAUUCGAUCGGAUUGUUGAAAAGGGCAGUUAUACUGAAAGAGAUGCCAGUGCAUUAAUCAAGCAGGUUCUAGAAGGGGUCGACUACAUGCAUGAGCGGGGUGUUGUACAUAGGGAUCUCAAGCCUGAAAAUCUGCUCUACUACAGUGCAGCUGACGAUUCAAAGAUUAUGAUAAGUGAUUUUGGUCUUUCAAAAACUGAAGAAUCUGGCAUUAUGGCAACUGCUUGUGGUACUCCUGGUUAUGUAGCUCCUGAAGUUCUAGCCCAGCAGCCCUAUGGCAAAGAGGUCGAUUGUUGGUCAAUAGGUGUUAUAGCCUAUAUUUUGUUGUGUGGUUAUCCUCCUUUCUAUGAUGAACACGAUGCUGAAUUAUUCAGACAGAUUCUAAGGGCAGAAUACGAAUUUGAUUCCCCUUACUGGGACGAGAUUUCAAAAUCAGCAACAGAUUUUAUAAAAAACCUCAUGUGUAAAGAUGCCACAAUGCGGUAUACUUGCAAACAGGCUCUUGCUCAUCCAUGGAUUAGUGGAAAUACUGCAUUGGACAAGAAUAUUCAUGCAUCAGUCAGCGCCCAAAUGAAAAAGAAUUUUGCAAAAAUUAAAUGGAAGCAAGCCUACAAUGCAACAGCAGUUAUUCGUCAGAUGAAGAAGUUGGCGAUGAGUCGUGAAGAUAACAACAGUUGCGAUCACAAUGACUCAAAAGCCACAAAGACGUAGAGGAAACCACCAGAGGGACCACAGCUUGGAAGCCUGUGGAUACUUCCUUCAUUUUUUUCACUCCCAACCCAAGAGUUUUAAUAAAUCUCGACAAUACCUGACCACCUUACCUUACCUUACCUUACCUUACCUUACCUUACCUUACCUUAAUUACCUAAACCCACCCGCCCACCCCUGCCACUAUUCACUUCUCUUCUCCCCCACCCCCCAUCGCUAUAUUGGCCGGCCACGGUAACUGCGUAGCCAGGUGAAUAAUGCACUCAAGCUAUUGUCCUCGGGUUGGAUGGUUGGAUGGUUGGUUGGUUCUUGUACUUUUUUUUUUUUCACCCAUCUUCAAAAAAGACCACAAAACACUGAAAGACAGUACCAGUCACACACACAAACUGUGACAUUACCAUGGCAACAAGUGAGAGAUGUCUUCUUUUUAGUUUUAUUGAUUUUUCUCUUUUUCUUUUUUUUUUUUAAAUAUUAUGAUAAACAUUUCAAAGACCAAAAUUUCUUUCAUUUUUUUCGCCCCCCCCCCCACUUUAUUUUUAUCUCCAUUUUUCUCCACCCCCCUCCUCUGUGCGUCUUGUUUUAUUAUUUACAUCAAAAUGAAACCAAAAGAAAAUAAAAACAAAACACAACAAAACAAUAAAAAAAAUUUUUGAAAAAAAAAAUAAUAAUAAAAAAUAUGAUAAUAAUGUAUGAAACUUCAGUCUAUUUUGAGUGGUUUGUGAACAAUCUGUUAAAUGUUUAAUUUCUUUCCAUGUUUAUUAACUUAUAUAUAGAGAGGACAUUUUUAUUUAAACACCAGAACUUCAGAAAAAAAAAAAGAAAAAAAACUAACACUCCCUCACUACACCGAGAUACCCGCCACUCACCUCUUCUACCC